AUGGAAGAUUCGUACCCAAUGGCUGGCGAAGUUCCAAAGAGAAGUCUCGAGAACUUCUGGAGAAACAUUCACCUGCAAAUGCCAUCAGCCAGCCGUUCUGGACAGAAGAGAACAGAGAGUUUGAGCCGCGCCAGUGCCAACGCCUACUACAGACUCGGUUGA